AUGUCCAGGGAGGAGCACGUGGGUCCAGGUUUUGCUAUAAAAGAGGAUGACGAGGGCUCUCACAGAGCACCACGUUUCCUACUUUCCUACCUGAAGUACAGAGGUAAAGCCUUAAGGCUCUUUGGCAACACGGCAGCGAUGAACUGCAUCCUGGCUCUCCUGGCCCUGACUGCAGUCUCAGCCUGGAUCGAGGCCGGGGUGGUGAAGAGACCAAGUGGAGACAAUAACGAUGAAGAUGAAGGAGACCUGACCGUCUCAGAGCAGCUGGAAAAAGCCAACAACAAUCUCAACCGUGACCACAACGGUAUCCAGAUAGAUGGGGACAUUGCUGUGUCUCGUCUGCCCACCCUGAGGAACGCCGACCCCUGCGUCCUGCGUGGAUGCAUGUGGCCUAAAACCUCCGACGGCAAGGUUUACAUUCCCUAUGUCAUCGCUAAUCACUACUCCUUUCAGGAGUUGGAUAUCAUCAAACGAGCCAUCAACUCCUUCUCUUACUCCACCUGCAUUCGCUUCUUCCCCCGCUCCAACCAGAGGGACUACCUCUACAUCCAGUCUCUGAAUGGAUGCUACUCUUACGUGGGUCGGCAGGGUAACGGCCAGACGGUGUCUCUGAGCCGUCAGGGCUGCAUUUACUAUGGAACAAUCCAGCACGAGCUGCUGCACGCCCUGGGCUUCAACCACGAGCACUGCCGCUCCGACAGGGACCAGCACAUCCAGGUCCUGCUACAGAACGUCAUCCAUGGUCAGGAGCACAACUUUAGGAAGAUCAGCACUCUGAACCAGGGAACUCCGUACGACUACGACUCUGUCAUGCACUAUGGCAGGCUGGCUUUCUCCAAAGAUAAGUACAGCCCCACCAUGGUGGCUGUUUCCAACACCAACGCUGCCUUUGGCACGGCCAAACAGAUGAGCCAGAACGACAUCAACCGCAUCAACCUGCUCUACUGCAAGAACUGGUUACACUGA